AUGGUGUGCAAAGCAUGCGAUUUGUCUUUGUGUGAACCGUCUACUGACUUGCAAAUGCUACGUGACGAGCACGAAAUAGUGACCAAGGACGACGACACGGUUCGCGCGACGGGGAGGCGGGGACGGCGCACGGGCCCUGCGGGCGCGCUGGGGCGCGGGGCGAGGCGGCGACACGGGGGGGCGCGGGGGCGACGGCGGCGGGCUGCGACGGGGCGUGACCGACGGGCGGGACGGGGCGGGCACGACGACGGCGGGGCGCGAGGGCCGGAGCGGGCGGGGGAAGGGAUACGCGCCAGCGGCGGCCCCGGGGGGACCGGGGUGGGACGCCGGAGGCGGGGGGGGGCGGCGGUGACGACGGGGUGGGGGGGGGGGGACGAGUUGGGGGGAGCGGGCGGUCCGAGACGGGGAGGGGGGAACGGGGACGGAGGGCCGGAGGGGGGCGGACGGACGGAACGCACGGCGACGGGAGCGGGGGAGUGGACGGACGGGGCGGGAGGGGCGGGCACCGGGGGCAGGGGGGCCAGGACGCUGGCGGGGCGGGGCCGGGGGCCACCGGGGGGACGACGGUACGGGGGCGCAACGGCCGCGACGGGGACGGCCGGGGGACGACCAGCGCCGGGUACGACGGACGGGGGGCCCGGGGACGGGCGCCGACGGGGGGGACGAAACGGGGGGAUGCCGCGACCACGACGGCAGCGGGGACGCGAACUGGCCGCACGCGGCGGUUGGGCGGAACGGGAGGACCGACAGGGGGGGGGGGGAGGGGAGGGACGGACUCGGGGGGGGGGGCUGAUCGGCGGAACGGGGGGGGGCGCGCGCGGUCCGGCGGGGGGAACGCCGGGGGGUGACGGGCGGGGGCUACGCGGGGGGGCGCCCGCCGCGCGGCGGACGAGACGGUACGGAGACGACGGGGGGGGAGAGCGGACAGGACGGCGGCUGGGGACGGCGGGCUACCGGGACGCGACGGGACGGGUGGUGGAGGAAGGAACGGCGGGGGCCGGACGGGACGAGGACGGGGGGGGGGACGACGGUAACGAACGGGGACGGAACGACGAGGGGAGGGGGGAGGGCGCGGGUGGGGGACGGACGGACGCGCGGGCGGUCGGGGAGGGGGCGGGCGGGACAAGACGGACCGGAGCCGGAACGGGGUUCGCGGGGGGUGGGCACGGGCGUCCGACGGGCGGAUGGCCCGACGGGGACGCACGGGCGCGGCGCGGCGGGACGGGCCCGCGGCAAACAGCAGCGAAGCACGGGCCGGACUGGGGGACGGGGACGAACACGUGGGAGGGCGCGGGGCGCGAUGUGCGAGGCGACCCCCCGACGGCGGGGACGCGUGGGGGCGGGGGGGCCAGUCGCUUACGGCCGACUCGGACGCGGAUACACGGGGGCGGGGGGGUACGGGCACCGGCACGGCGGCACUACGGGGCGGCGACUAACUCCGGCGCGCGCGUACGGGGACGAAAACAAAAACCACAAAAAAAACCGCAGGGGGCGCACGGGGACGGGGGAGGGCGGGGCCGGCACCGGAGGGGUGGACGGGCGAACACCGCGAACGGGCCGGCGGGACGGAGGACGGCGGGCGGGGAGGGCCGCCCUGCGGAGGGACUACGCAACGCGGACGGUCCGGGGCACGCGGCUGGGAGUGGGGGACGGGACGCCAACACGGGGGGAGUACGGAGGGGGGGGAGUACGUGCCGACGGGCCGAACGGUAA